AUGGGAAGCUUGAACCCACCAAGAAAUGUUGCCUCACGUGAACUCAAUAUUUUGCUGGUUGGUCCCAGACGGACAGGCAAGAGCUCUACUGGUAACACGCUGCUGGGCAGGGGGCAGGUUUUUGAAACCAGAGGAGGCGGGUCCAGCACAGCUGCCAGUGCUGUCACCACUGGACACCACGUGACCAUCGUAGAUGCACAGGGUUGGGGUUCAUCUGAGGAGUUUGUGCCUGAAGAGGAGAAAAGUGAACUGCAGAGAGCAUUUUCUCUCUGUGGACUUGGAGGACCUCAUGUGGUUCUGUUAGUGAUUCCUCUGCUGGACUUCACUGAGCCUGAGAGGAGAGCGGUGGAGAGGAGGAUGGAGAUCCUGACCUCUGCAGUCUGGAGACACACAAUGGUGUUGUUCACAGGUGGAGACUGGUUGAGGGGAAGAGGGCGCAGUGUGGAGGAGCACGUCCAAUCAGGAGGCCCCGCCUUGCAAUGGUUGAUGGAGAAGUGUCGCUAUCGAUACCACGUGUUUGAUAACAAGGCAGCAGUUGGCAAGCAAGAGAGAAGGCGGCAGCAGGUGAAUGGAGGUGGAAAGAAAGAGGAAGGGCCAUGGUGGAAGAGAAAUAACAAGGGGGCAGGAAGGAAGAGCAAAGGAGGUGAGGCAGAUGGGAGAAAGGAAGGAGAGCAGGAGCAGGUGAGAGAGCUGCUGCGCAAAGUGGAAGACGUGUUGCAGGAGAACAGAGGGUGGCACUUCUCCCUUCACAUGUACCAGAGGCUGGAGGAGGAAUGGAGCCAGAGGGAGCAGAAGCUGAGAGCUCGACUGGAGGUAGACACGGAUGUGGGAAGUGUGAGGAGAAAACAAAAGACAUCUGAGACGAAGAUAAACAUGGAGGCACAGCAGGAACAGAGGUUAGAGACAGAAGAAGAAGAGCGGGAGGAUAGCCCGAGGAAAGAGCCAGAGAACAAGGAGAAAUGUGCGGAAAGGAAGAUAAAUGGAGGGGGAGAUGAAGAGGGGAGAGCGAAGGUAGAGCUUAAGAGACUGAGCAGUGAGGAGGACGGGUGGGAUACGAGUUCUGGCAGCGGAGGAGAGACAGAGGAGAGCACUGAGGUGAAAACUGGAAUGAUGGCUCCAUGUUGGUAUAAUGGAGGUCAAAGGUUAGCCUUUAGUCCAAUCAGAAGGCUUGCCUAAAGGAACACAAUCACUGUUUAGUCCAGCUGGACAGCUUGGAACUGAUUGAAAUCAGCUGAAACUGCAUCAGUGACUCCACCUGACAGUGGAUUGAUUUUCUCUUCUAACACUCAGCAAGAAAGCAAAUAUGUAUAUUAUCCAACAUGUCAAGGUAUUGCUUUAAUGUACAAAAAUGACUGAGACCAAGAUAUGCAAAGCUAUUUCAUAUUUGCCAUUUAUAUUUGUAUGAAAUGUACUUUAAACCUCCUAAAAUGAUCAUGUCCAGAUUCAGCAGGAAUGUGAUCCAAAAUGGGGAUAAAUUAACAAAUUUGGCAACCCAGAUAACAGGUUUCUCUGCCAGCAUGUAGCUACAUGUAGCAGUGUAUGUAAACACUGCAUUAACAUGCCUGGAGCAGAUGACCAUAUAUAGAAAUCUGGCAUGAAUCAAUGUCAGCUUGAGCCGAGAGUAGAAGAAACUGUAGCCACGUUCAGUAUGAAGAUCAUCACUGUGUUAUCUCAUGCCAGAAAAAGCAUAAUAGGUCCCCUUCAGGCACCAUCUAAUGAUAAAUUAUAGAACAGCACUGCAUGAUAAAUCUUUAUCUGCUCAAACCGUUGUGGUUUCAAUUGUUGCCACUCUGCUCUGCGGUGAAUCUAUUGUCGGUCACAUG